AUGCCUACCGUCGUGCUGGACAUGACCUAUGGCCUUAGCGAGACGAAGUCGCGAGCCCGGCAGGCGGACCGCGCAACCCGCGGAAACAACCUGCUGAAGGAGCGCCUGGAGCAGAUCUGCAAGGAGGCCGAAGCAGCGAUCCUGGGCGAUGGCGCCGCCAUCCUCGUCCUCUCGCACCGCCGCGCCAGUCAGAGUCGCGUGCCGGUCAGCUCGCUCCUCGCCGUGGGUGCCGUGCAUCAGGACCUGAUUGCCAAGAAGCUCCGUGCGAAGGUCGCCUUGGUCGUGGAAGGAGCCGAUGCCCAUGAGAUCCAUCACUUCUGCUGCCUCCUUGGCUUUGGCUGUGACGCCAUCUACCCCUACCUUUGCUACCUCAGCCUGCUCCGCGUCCGGGGGACCGACCUCCCCCUCAACCAGCGCAUCGAGAACUUCCGCAAGGCCUCGGACGGAGGGAUCCUGAAGGUCAUGAGCAAGAUGGGCAUCUCCUGUUUGCAAAGCUACAAGGGCGCGCAGCUUUUCCAGGCGGUGGGCAUGGACAAGGAAGUCAUCGCCAAGUGCUUCACCGGCUGCAAGUUUGUGCUCAAUGGCGCAGGUUUCAACAUCUUCGAGAUGGAUGCGAUGGAGCUGCACAAGAUGGCCUUCCCUGACCGGCCGCAGCCCCCAUUGGUCGAUGCCGAGGUGGAGGAGUUGGAGGACUUUGGGGAGUAUCACUUCCGCAGCAUCCAUGAGACGGAGAUCCACAUGAACACGCCCGAUGUCAUCUACAAGAUGCAGGAGGCAGCACGCUCCAACUCCACCGAGGCCUACAAGAUGUUCUCCACCUGGCAGAACAAGAUCACCGAGCAGACGGAGAUCCGGGGGCAGCUGGAAUUCCUGUCCGAGGAGUGCGAUCCGAUUGACAUCUCUGAGGUCGAGCCGGCGGUCGAGAUCGUGAAGCGUUUCUGCACCGGCGCCGCCUCCUUCGGCUCCAUCUCUGAUGAGGCCCACCGUGCCAUGGCCAUUGCCAUGAACCGCGUCGGCGGCAAAAGCAACACCGGCGAGGGUGGCGAGGACCCGAUGCGCUUCACGCAGCUUGAGAAGGGUGAGUUCGUGGCGGGCGGAGCCACCUGGGACAUCGUGAACGGCGACUCCUUCCGCUCGAAGAUUAAGCAGGUCGCCUCAGGGCGCUUUGGGGUUACGGCAGAGUAUCUAGCCAAUGCUGAGGAGUUGCAGAUCAAGUUGGCGCAGGGCGCCAAGCCGGGCGAAGGAGGUGAGCUGCCAGGCUACAAGGUGAUCGGCAAGAUUGCCGAAACUCGCAAGGCAACUCCGGGCGUGGGCUUGAUCUCUCCGCCUCCGCACCACGACAUGUACUCCAUCGAGGAUGUGGCACAGUUGAUCAAGGAUCUGAAGAAUGCCAACCCCGCAGCACGCAUCUCCGUGAAGCUCGUGGCUCGACUUGGCAUUGGCGUCAUCGCCUCCGGCGUCGUCAAGGGCAAGGCGGACCACCUGACUAUCUCCGGCAUGUCCGGCGGCACCGGCGCGGCGAAGUGGGGCUCCAUCAAGCACUGUGGCCUUCCUUGGGAGAUCGGUCUGGCAGAGACCCACCAAACCCUGGUUCUCAACGGCCUUCGUAACCGAGUGACCCUGCAAACCGACGGCCAGGUCCGAACAGGUCGGGAUGUGGUGAUCGCCGCCAUGCUAGGCGCCGAGGAAAUUGCCAUGACCACGGCUCCCCUCAUCACGCUGGGAUGCAUCAUGAUGAGGAAGUGCCACUUGAACACCUGCCCAGUGGGCGUGGCGACGCAGGAUCCCGAGCUGCGGAAGAAGUUCACCGGGCAGCCGGAGCACCUCAUCAACUACCUCUUCAUGGUCGCCGAGGAGGCGCGCGAGAUCAUGGCCUCCCUGGGCAUCAAGAAGUUCAACGACCUCAUCGGACGAACCGACCUCCUCCGAGCUAAGGGAGACGACGUCGCACAUUUGUUUGCCUCUUUCUGUUUUGGUGGAUAUCUCAAGGACAACCCGAAGACUGCCGACCUGGACUUCGCCGACCUCCUGAAGCCGGCCUGGACCAUGGAGAACUCCAUGAGCAACAUCGCCGAGCUCCCGAUGUACUGCUGCGAGCCACAAGACCAUGAGCUGGCUCAUGCCUUGGAUCAGAGUCUCAUCUCUCGGUGCUCCCCGGCACUCCAGGACAAGGAGCAGGUCCACCUCAAGGGCAUCAACAUCAACAACGUGGACCGCUCCGUUGGAGGCAUCCUGAGCUUCGAGGUGAGUAAGAAAUACGGAGCUGCGGGCCUCCCCGAGGGAACCAUUCGCGUGUCCUUCAUCGGCAGCUCCGGACAGUCCUUCGGCAACUUCCUGGCUCCCGGUAUCACUUUCGAGCUCGAGGGCGACGCGAACGACUACAUCGGCAAGGGCAUCAGUGGCGGAACCCUGGUGGUGUACAAGCCGAACCAGGCCCCGUAUGCCUCGCACGAUGCUAUCAUCGCGGGCAAUGCGGCGCUUUAUGGAGGCACGGCUGGCAAGGCCUUCUUCGCCGGGAUCGCCGCCGAGCGUUUCGCUGUGCGAAACUCCGGUGCCACCGCGGUGUGUGAAGGCGUCGGCGACCAUGGAUGCGAGUACAUGACCCGAGGAACGGUGAUCGUUCUCGGACAGAUGGGGUCCAACUUUGCUGCGGGCAUGAGCGGAGGCAUCGCAUACAUCCUGGACAUGCAGGAGGCCUUGUGCAACAAGGCGAGCGUCCACCUCGAGGCGAUCGUCGAAGAGGAGGACAAGACGCUGUUGAAGGAUCUCAUCACCGAGCACCAGAAGUACACCGGGAGCAAAGUGGCAUCAGAUCUCCUGGCCAAGUGGGCCGACUCCCUGAAGCGCUUCACGAAGAUCUUCCCGAAGGAGUACAAGAAGGCUCUGCUGGCAGCGAAAGAGAAGUCGAAGUCAGAGGCACCGGUAAAGCCUGCGGCGAGUGUGCCCCCAGCGCCUGGCACCGAUCUCGAGGACGCUGCGGGCAAGCCGAUCUCCGUUUCCAGCCCGGAGAAGAAGCGUGGCUUCCACGAGUAUGAGCGUAAGGCCCUCCCUUACCGUGACCACAAGGAUCGUAUCCUUGACUGGGAGGAGAUCUAUGCUUCGCAGUCCAAGAAGAGUCAACAGUGGCACAAUUGGAUGCAGACACAGACGGCUCGGUGCAUGGACUGUGGAACUCCCACAUGCCACAGCCCCAACCAAGGUGGAGGUGGCUGUCCGCUGGGCAAUCGCAUCCCCACUUGGAAUCAGCUGGUACAUGAGGGCGAGUGGAAGCGUGCCCUUGAGCGACUGCUUGAUACCAACAACUUCCCCGAGUUCACAGGCACCACCUGCCCAGCGCCUUGCGAGGAAGCCUGCGUUCUGGGCAUCAACGAGAAGCCGGUCGCGAUUAAGACCACCGAGCUCUCGAUUAUCGAGUAUGGCUUCAGCAAGGGUUGGGUGAAGCCCCAGCCGCCGCUCCAGCGCACUGGGCGCCGCAUCGCCAUCAUCGGCUCGGGACCGGCUGGCCUCGCUGCGGCGCAGCAGCUGAACCGUGCGGGGCAUCUCGUGGAGGUUAUCGAGCAGGCUGACCGCCCCGGAGGUCUGCUGAUGUACGGCAUCCCCUCCAUGAAGUUGGACAAGAUCGACAAGGUCCUUCGCCGCAUCAAGCUCAUGCAGCAGGAGGGCAUCAGCUUCAAGUGCAACACGGAGGUGGGCAAGGACGUGACCUUGAACGGCCUUUGCAGCCAGAACGACGCGGUCAUCAUGGCCACCGGAGCGACCAUGUGGCGUGACAUGCGCAACGCGGACGGCCGUAACCUGAAGAACGUUGUUCAGGCCAUGGACUUCCUGACAGACACACAGAAGAAGAACUUGGACAGCGAGAUGGGCCUCAAGAAUACCAGCACCACGACAUACGACGUGCAAGGCAAGCGUGUGGUGGUGAUCGGCGGUGGCGACACAGCUGUCGACUGCGUGGCCACUGCCAUCCGGCUCGGCGCGAAGAGCGUCCUCCAGUUCUCCCGGCGCGACGCCGCGCCCAAGGACCGGCCAAAGCACACUCCAUGGCCCUGCUGGGCAGACACCUACCGCGUGGACUACGCCCACUCCGAGGGCGAGUCCACCUUGGGCCGUGACCCACGGGAGUACAUGGUGCAGACCAAGAGCUUCCGCGCCUCGGCGCAGGAUCCCAGCGCCGUGGGCGCCGUGGUGGCAGCGAAGGUGAACCCAUCGGGCAAGGAGACGGGUACUGUGAACUACCCGGCCGAGCUCGUCGUCUUGGCCAUGGGCUUCACCGGACCGGACACUGCCAUCGAUCCCCUGAACCAGCUCUCCCGGGAUUCCCACUCGAACUUUAAGGCCCAGUACGGCGAGUACCAGGCCGAGGCUUCCCCUUGGAGCAAUUUGUAUGUUUGUGGCGACUGCCGCCGCGGUGCGUCCCUCGUCGUCACCGCCAUCGCAGAGGGUCGCGACUGCGCCGCCCGCGUGGACGCGCAGCUGAUGGGCAGCACGAGUCUGCCAAGGGCGGCUCCCCUGGCUGCGAACCCCACCUACUACCAGAUGCCUCAGAAGGGUGCGGAGCCGAAGGGCCUGGUGAAGAGACACCUCCGAAAGCACCACUACGCCACGGCCGAGGUCACGGCAGCCUUUGAGCGAGGCCUCCUCGUCGACAACGCAAAGUCAGAGGAUGCAGAGCCCAACCCGGAACCUGCCGGGAGUGGUUCACCCCAGGCGACCGCCCCGAGGGUCAGCGACACCGCCGGUGCAGCGGCGGUGCAGUCACUGGUGGCCUUGAACGCCAUGCAGUCGCAAGUUAAGACGAUGUCCUUAGUCAUCGGAGGUCUCACCGUGCUUAAUGCCGGGCUUAUCUUCGCACUCAUGAGAAACAGGCGCUGA